UUGGUUUACAUACUGUAUAUAUUUGUAUAAGUUGACGAUGAGUCAUAAGUAGUUGUGAUCGUACAACAGAGCAAUGUAUACUAUUAUAACGGUAGUCGCUCUUGUCAUGUUAGCAUCGGCUAAGAGGGCGUCAAGUGAUCAGCUGCUGCCCCAAUUAUUGGGGACUCCAGGGAUCCAGAUUAUCGAUAUCCAGGUUGAAAAUAUGAGCACCAUUUUUGAAUUCGACAACUCUGGUAGUCCUGGGAGCAUCUUUGAGAACCUUCAAACUACAGUAUUUAAAUUUCGCCAAGCUGAAGCGAUCCGCAAGCCUCUCACUGUAACCGUUGACGUCAACACUGAUACCAAGACUGACGCAGUUUUUAGAAUCUUCUUGGGCCCCAAAUAUGACAGCAGUGGCUCUCCCCUUUCUAUUGAAGACAACUGGCUGAACUUCGUCGAAAUAGACUGGACCAUACACAGACUAUCAGUUGGAAAAACGACUGUAGUACGCACUAUAAACCUCGAUUCCUCUCUUAUUGUUCGCUUACUGGGGACAUUGCAGAAUCAAGGUCUCAAUGUAGUCGUGUCUGCUCAAAAAUGGCUCCUGUAGGUGUACGGACACCUGACUAACAAGGAAGGCUACUAUGAAAGCCAAAUGUUCUGAAGAGCGCUACUUAUUUAAAGUAACUAGUCAAUUAUGUUUAAUGAAAUUUGUCGAAAUAAGGAAAUUAUUAUUACAUCAUGAUUUUUAAACAGUAAAUAAUAUUAUAAUCAAAACAAAAUAAAACUGUUGUUUAGUA